ACAGUUACCCACCUAUACGAAGUAGGUCUUCUACGUUUAAGGUCAGUUACAAGCCAUUGCUCUCACUUCAAGAUCGAGUUCACGGUCGCCACUUGUGUAUUUUACCGUACGUGAAAAGUUAGUUAGCUGGUGCAAGCGAAAUGCAGUGAAAGAUAGUGAAGAAGCGCUCAAAAGUUGGUGAUAAUGAGUAAAAUUUAUUUUUGUGCCGCCGUUUGCUUUGUACUUUUGCCGGCAGUUUUACCUGCAAGAUAUGUGCCGAAAUGGAAAAAACAGGCUUGCGAGGUUCCAACCGCACAAAACGAACAUUCCCAUUAUGUUUGCGAUGACGAUGGAGAAGUAAAAUGUCUCCCAGGAUGGACGGGCGAUUUAUGCGACGUUCCCAAAUGUCGUCCAGGAUGCGAUCCUUUAAACGGUUACUGCAACAGACCAGGAGAAUGCCUCUGCAAAUUGGGAUUUUAUGGCGAAAGAUGCGACAGGUGUAUCCCAUUACCAGGAUGUCGUCACGGUUACUGCAAUGUCAGCUUCGAAUGCAUUUGCCAUAAGGGUUGGGAUGGAAUAUUUUGUUCUGAACCAAUUUGUCGAUCGGACUGCCAUCCAAGUCGAGGAUACUGCGAAUCCCCAGGUGAAUGCCGCUGCCGUCUGGGAUGGGCAGGACGAAGCUGUACCGAAUGUCAAGUUCUUCCCGGCUGUCUCAACGGAUACUGCCAGAAACCCUUAGAAUGCAAGUGUUAUCCGGGUUAUACGGGGAUUUUGUGUCAAACGCCGAUUUGUUCAGCUACUUGCGAUCGACGAAGAGGAUACUGUAGAAAACCUGGCGAAUGUCGAUGCAAGGUGGGAUGGUGGGGUAAAAAUUGCAACAAAUGCUACCCGUACCCCGGUUGUGUCAAUGGGGACUGCAACAGACCGUGGGAAUGCAACUGUAGACUUGGAUGGGGAGGGCUACUGUGCGACGAACCUUUAGACUUUUGUGACAAGAACCCGAGCAUAUGUCAAAACGACGCCAAAUGUAUUUCGUUAACCAAAGAAGAUGGAAGCUACAAAUGCUUGUGUAGAGAAGGAACAAGGGGCAGAAAUUGCGAGAUCAUCAUGAACCCAUCUAUGAUGUAUCCUACAACUACUUUGUCAACAACUAAAUCAACCCCUAUAUCUAAUGUCACAUUAACUUCUUCUACCAUGUCAACAUCCUUAACCACAGACUCGGAAAUUAAUGAAUUUGGCAAUAACCAAACAGACUUAGAAGAUCAAAGUUUGAUUAACCAUGAUAUUGAUAACGAAACUCGUUGAUAAAAAAAAUUUGUCCUGCUAGUCUUCUAGGUACCUACUAAUAGUAAAGCAAUAAGUAACAUACAACCUAAGUAUCCACUAUUUAUUAUUAAACUAAUUUAUUGUUUAUUUAUUUAUGCUAUUUUUUUUAAUUGUACUUUACUAUAGAAAUAAACCGUGG